GGCGGGGCCGGGCCGCGCCGAGGCGGCGGCGGCGGGAGGCGGGGGCCACGCGUGUCCCGCGUGGGGGCCCGGCCGGCCAUGGCGGGCCCGGAGCCGCCGCGCUACCAGCAGUGGAUCCUGGACACCAUCGACUCGCUGCGCUCCCGCAAGGCGCGGCCGGACCUGGAGCGCAUCUGCCGCAUGGUGCGGCGCCGCCACGGCCCCGAGCCCGAGCGCACCCGCGCCGAGCUGGAGAAGCUGAUCCAGCAGCGCGCCGUGUUGCGCGUUUCCUACAAGGGCAGCAUCUCGUACCGCAACGCCGCCCGAGUCCAGCCGCCCCGCGCCCGCCACCCGCCGGCCCCCGCGCCCCCGGGUCCGGCCCCGCCGCCCCCGGCGCCCGCCGCCGCCGCCCCGGCCGCUGUCAGCCUGCGCGAGAUGGUGCGCUACCUGGGCGGAGCGGGCGGGGCGGCGGCGGCGGGCGGGCGGCUAACGCGGGGCCGGGCCCAGGCGCUGCCUCACGACCCAGGGCCCGGCGCCCGCGGACGGCACGACCGGCCCCGCCUGGGCCCGGCCUCGAACCCGCCGCGCCCCGGGAGAGCGGCGCGCGGCAAGAAGCCUGGGGAGGAGCCACUGGAGGAGAAGGAUGAGGACGAAGAGGAGGAUGAGGAGGAUGACGGGGCCUCCACACUGUCGUCAGGCUCCGAGGCCCAGGCUUUUGAGGUGCCCGGGGGGGGCCGGGCUGAACCCCUGCCACUGAACGGGGACUGUAAGGACCGGCACCGCGGGACCCCAGGAGGGGGAGGCCAUGCCCGGGAUUGGCACCCUCCUGAUGAGCGAUCCCCUGACAAGGCCUCGGAGAGGCCCCCCGGGCCUGAGCGGCGCCACACCAAGGCCUGCUCCCCUGCUGAGAGCGCCUGCCAGCAGCUGGGCACUGCCAAGAAGGAUGGGGGCUCCUGUGGCCAGCUAGACAGGGCGGGGUCUCCAGCCAUGGCAGGCGCUGACCCCUCAGUGCCGGGGUCCCCAGGACGGCCAGGGCUGCAGGCGUUGGACGGGACCCCCUUAGGCUGCAGCUCUGUGAAGAAGGAGAAGCCAGGGGACCCGGUGGAUUGGUCAGUUCGGGAUGUCGUUGAGUAUUUCACCGAGGCCGGAUUCGCUGAGCAGGCGGCUGCUUUCCAGGAGCAGGAGAUCGAUGGCAAGGCUUUGCUGCUGAUGCAACGCUCUGACGUGCUGACGGGGCUAUCAAUUCGCCUGGGCCCCGCACUCAAGAUCUAUGAGCACCAUGUGAAGGCGCUGCAGGCUGGCCACUUUGAUGACGACGAGGCUGACCCCUUCCUGGCCUGACACUGCCCCCCCCCCCCCCACCCGCAGGUCAGGGCCUGGGGGCGGGGCUAGCACCAAGCCCUGCCUCCAUGGAUGCAGGAUCAGCUGGUUUCUGUCUCUGUGGAAACCUGCCCCCCACAGGGCAUCCCAUGUCCAUGGAAACCAGCCCCCCACCAUAUCCCAUCUUCAUGGAAACCAGUCCCCCACCGCUUCCCUGUGCCAUGGCAAGCAUCACUAGGGGGGCAGCAGGGGCAGGAGGACCCAAGGGUCUGAGUUCUUACCCCCCCAGGAAGAGACUGAAGGGGGGAGGGGGCAUUUGAUGGGGGAAUGGGGGCAUUGCCAAGGUGAUGUCCCUUAUCAUAGCCAUUUCAUACAGGGGAGGGGGGUUGGGGGGUUGCUCAUUUCACACCCACCACUCCCCCACCCCUGAUCUGUGCUGGGGGGCAUUAGAUCUGCCCAUCCCCUGAACCCCACUCUCCCCUGCUUCUCCCCCACCCUGCCCUCCCAUCCUGGGGCUCUGGCAGCCUGAUGCCCUGCCCUCCCCCAUCUUCUUGUGGGGAGGCUCACUCGGGGCUGGGGCUUGUUCCUCUGGGUUUGUUACGGGGGGGGGGGGGGGGGGGAGGGGGGUGUUGCAGCCCAGCAUCAGCUGCAUUUUAAUGUCAUACCAUCCCCCUGCCCCUCCCCCUUCCUGUUUGCCCUGCACCCCCAACUCAGCCCUGCCCCUUCCUGGACUUUGGGUUGUUUUUUUUUUUUAUUAAAUAAAGAAAUAUUGGAAAGAAAAACAA